AUGUCUUCUGAAAUGGGCUUGACUUCCAUAUUUGUGCUGUUGUUUUGCUGGUCCAGUGUUGCAAAUGGAAACACUGCACCUGAUAUUGUGGAGACCGUUUACUCCACUUGUGAGGACACCCCAAAAGGUGCUGUUGCGUUCCAAAUUCUUGCAACUGAUCUAGACGGUGAUCCUCUGACCUAUUCAUUGGAUGGGCCUGAAGCCGUUUACUUCACGGUGGAGCCAUCCACCGGGGUUGUGAGAUUGGCCAUGGAACUGGACAGAGAGACAAAACCGUUCUUGGACGAUCUGGUAGCCGUAGUUGGUGACCCUCACAAUUCGGUCAAAAGGGUCAGAAUAUUGGUUACAAUAACCGAUACAAAUGACAACAGACCUAUUUUUGAAGAGGCUACAUAUGAUAAAAGCAUUCCAGAGAACACACUGGUUGGCAACACCCUGUUCAAAGUAAAGGCCACGGACGCUGAUGAAACACUAGUUACCUACAGCAUUUCAGAGUCUGUUCCUCGUUCAGGCCUGGAUGUGUUCAGGGUUGACAGGUUUGGUAGUGUCAUACUCAAGGAUAAACUGAACUAUACAUCAAUAAGCACUUUCUAUCGGUUAAAGAUCAAUGCAACGGACAGUGGAAAGAAAUGCUACGAUGAUGUGGAGUUCAGUCACUCCACUCCGGUCUUUGCCUUCAUCACUGUUGUGGAUGUCCCGGACCUGGAUCCACGGUUUAUUGGCAUUCCCUACUCAGCAUUAGUGGAGGAAAACACAGCAACAGGCCAUACUGUGUUAACUGUCACCGCUGUUGACCAGGACACAGGGAUCAAUGAUGACAUCAUUUACAGCAUACAAGUUUCUCCUGGAGCCGAGCUGUUCACAAUUAACGAGAAAGGAGUUAUUACUGUAAACGGAAACAUUGACAGGGAGACAAUUGGGGACAAUGUGCAACUGAUUGUCAAGGCAACAGAAAGAGGAGAAAACAUCAAUGGAGUCCAUGCCAGUGCCGCGACCGCAGUCAGCAUCAGCAUCACUGACGUCAACGACAACAGUCCUGUGUUCUACAAGUGCGAGGAGGACGAGUGCACCACGGCCAACAGCUUCUCUGGGCAGGUGCCGGAGCAUUCCUUAGGAGCUGUUGCCAUCCACAUGACUGUGAAGGAUGCAGAUAAGAAUUCCCAAACUGAACUCCACCUGGAGGGGCCCCAUAAAGAUGUGUUUUCAGUGGAGCCUCCUGUGGUCUUUUCCGAGAGCAUCGUGCAGCUGCUUGUCAAAAGCCCAAAAGACCUGGACUAUGAAUUAACCCAAGAAAUGUCUUUAACGGUGAUAGCUGUGGAUCGUGGAGACUCUUCCCGUCGCACCACUGCGGAAGUGACCAUCACCAUCCUGGACAUCAACGACCACAGCCCCACCUUCACCCCAGACCUGUACAGCGCCCAUGUACCCGAACAUUGCUCUGAUGGGACCCCAGUGAUCAACAUUACUGCUCAAGAUCCUGAUACAAUGGACCAGGGCAAGCUCACAUACCGACUUCUACCGGAGAAUAUACUGAAGUAUUUUGAUGUGAACACAACCACUGGCUUAAUCUUUGUGAAAAAUGGAGAACUCUUGGAUCGUGAAUCUAGAGCGUUGUAUUCAGUGACGCUUCAGGCCCAAGACUCGGAGGGAAAACCGGGAAACGCCGUCAUCGACAUCAGCGUGACCGACAUCAACGACAAAACUCCCGUUCCAAACAGAAACAGUUACCAAGAGUUUGUGUUGGAGGGACAAGAUCUGCAAAAUGUCAGAGUUGAGGCCACAGAUGGAGAUGAGCCAGACACUCCAAACAGCCAGCUGCUGUUUAGCAUUGUGCCUGGCCCCUUCAGUGAGAACUUCACUAUUGACCCUGACAGUGGUGUCUUAACCAACAAAGGGCCACUGGAUCGAGAGGCCAUUAACCCAACGCUGAAUGGAAAGAUCGAGCUGAAAGUGAACAUAUCGGACAGGGGCCUGCCUCCUCUGUCCACUCUGGUCCAAGUCAUCAUUAAUGUGCAGGAUGUCAACGAUAACAAACCAAUUUUUGGGAAGUCGUCCUACAGUUUCAGCGUAAAGGAAGGCCAAAAAGGUGCAUUUGUUGGCUCUGUUGAUGCAAAAGACAACGACCAAACAACAGAAUUUAACCGUAUCUCCUUCAGCAUUAUUAACGGCGCCUUUGGCAGUUUCACGGCCCGCAGUGCUCUGGAUGCUCCCAGCUACAUCGGUAACAUCAACGUAGACCCAGACAUCGAGUUGGACUUUGAAAGUACCCAAAAGACCUUCAAGCUCGAAAUGGAGGCAGCAGAUUUUGCGCAAGAGAAAGCCAACAUUUUUGUGACCGUACACGUGCUUGACAUAAAUGACGAGAGGCCUGUGUUUAAACCAUCGGCUCCAGUCAGUGUCGAGGAGAAUAGCAAAGAAACUGCGCCGAUUGCGAGGUUUACCGCUGUGGAUUUGGACGGCAAUCACUCCCUGGUUUAUGAGCUGCUUUCAGUUAAAUGUAGAUGCGAUGGAGAAGAAAUGCCGUGUGACUGGUUUGAUGUGGAGAAAAGUGGGUCCGUCAUAGUCAACCCAAACGCCACUAUUGACUACGAGUUGUGUGACCAGGCCACAGUGGAAGCUGGAGUAACGGAUGAAUACACAGAAAAAGGAGAAGCCGACAGCGAGGAACCAGGGAAGAUGGUGAUUAACAUUCUGGAUAUGAACGACAACGCUCCAGAGUUUGUGGCCUCAAAUUCAUUAUUUGUUUUGGUGUCUGAAAGUGCAAGCAUGGGUACCUCAGUUGCUGCAGUCAGUGCUACAGACAAAGACUCUGGAAAAAAUGGCCAGAUUGAGUUCAAAGUUUCAAAAGUGGAAUACAAAAACUUGAAUGGUGACAUUUCUAAAAAAGACAACCUGUUUGAGGCCACCACAACGCUACAGAAUGAGAUUUACGUUGGAAUUAUUCAAUCCACUGAAGAACAGGAUACAACAAUACAGGGUAGCUAUUUGGUAACAGUCGAAGCCAAAGAUACUGGGGGUCUCACCAACACCACUGUUCUCGAAAUAUUUAUCAUUGAUCGAAGCUUCAAGUUUGAUCUAUAUUUUGACGCUUCGGUUCCAACUAUUAAUGCGCAGAAAUCAGAAAUUGUAAGAGAUCUCACGGCCAUUGUUCAAGCAGCGGUGCAUGUGGUUACUGUCAAAGAAGACUCUUCUUCAGAAAGGGCUCAAAGUACUGCAAUCAUGGAGGCCUACGCCAUAUAUGCAAACGGGACCGCUGUUAUGACAAACAAUGUGCAUACAUUAUUGUCAAGACCGGAAAACUUUGUAAUAAUGAAAAAGCAUGGACUCCGCUAUGUUGGCACUGCGGAGCCUGUGGAGCAGAAGCAGGACCCACUGAUGUUUGCCCUGUAUGGAAUGGUUGGAGGCCUCAUCAUUGUGACCGCCGUUCUCACCCUGUCUUUUGUGUGCACGCGCAGAAACUACAGGAGGAAACUCAGAGCAGCUAAUGCAAUGAAGUCUGCAUCAGCGGUGUCUGAAAACCAAAGGGGUCCAGUCGUACCAGGCACCAACCAGUACACCAUGGAGGGAGCAAACCCUGUGCUCAACCUGAACAUUGACUCCUCCAUUGCACUGGACCUGAAUGAAGACAGUGAUGUAGACAAACUCAGCCUCAAUUCCCUGGACAACAGCAAUGAUUCAGCUGUGUAUGAGAAAGACACCAAGCCCAUUAUGAAGAAGAUCCAGGAGGAGGAUGAGGAACAGGGACCACCCAUGUACAUAGAGCCCUUGGGUGCAGCUUUAGCACAGCGGGGCCAGAAGAUUAGCAACAAUCCUCUUCUGGGCGAUGAUAAUCCCAUAUUUGACACCACAGACCUGUGA